GUGAUUAUCCCAUGCAUAAAUUGAAUCAAGUAAUAUUUCAUUGGCAGGGCUGUGCAGAUCCAGUGUACGUGACAUCUUUAUGCACUUGGGAGUACUUGCCCAAAAGGGGCUUCCCUCUGAUCUUCCAUGGUGUGAAAGGAAAAGAUGAGAGAGAAGGGAACUCUCCUAGCUUCUUCAAUGCCCAGGAAGUAUCUCAAGUGAUGGACUAUGUUAAGAAGCUCAUAAACACAAGACACAAUAAGGUUUUGCCCAAGGAGAUUGGAAUCAUCACACCUUACAGACAGCAAGUGACAAAGAUCAGGAUGCAACUCCACAAAAUCAAGAAUGGUAAUGACAUCAAAGUUGGCUCGCCAGAAGAAUUUCAAGGUGAUGAACGCCGUGUUAUUAUCAUUUCAACUGUCCGGUCAAAUGCAGACAAAUUGGCCUAUGACCUAAGGCACCAGCUUGGAUUUCUUCAGAACUGCAAGAGGUUCAAUGUCUCUGUGACAAGAGCAAAGGCGCUUCUGAUUGUUGUUGGCUGUCCAGAGAUCCUCAGCCUGGAUGAGCACUGGGGAAGACUGCUCAGUUUCAUAAUCGAAAAGGGAGGCUACUGUGGGAAGGAAUAUUUCCCGGAUGGCAAUAAACGCAUAGACCAAAGCAUCCUUAACAAUUUUCAUGAAGUUGGUCUUCCUCCAGAAAACUGCAAGGAAUAUAGUGCUCGGAUGAAAGCAGAAGAACCAAGCUGGGGUGAAGAAUAGUAGCUCCCUCUGAUGAUUUCUUCAUCUUCUUGGUUCUGUCACUCUUAUGCAUUUUGUAGCUUAUUACACCAAGUUGUAAUGUGAUGUAAAGGAAGUUUAUGUGGUUGGAGGAACAUAUGAUUGUAAAAGUUUCAUAUAUCGUUAAUGAUGUGCUCAGUUAUGCAUACAUGUUUUAUAUUGAUUAUAUGUUGCAUAGCAGAUCUCUCUCUCUCUCUCUCUCUCUCUCUCUCUCUCUCUCUCUCUCUCUCUCUCUCUCUCUCUCUCUCUCUCUCUCUCUCUCUCUCUCUCUCUCUCUCUCUCUCUCUGAGACAAGAAGGCUAUUGAUAUACACUAAGGUUAUAAGAGAAUGUAUGUAAUUUCCAGUUUGCACUAAAGGUUGAAUUUAUCCAAUUCUACUCCCAAAAAAAAAAAAAAAAAAACUUGUGCUUAAUAGGAAAAUUACGGAA